AAACCACAUCGAUCGCCAGCGACUUGCCGUUUCUGCAUACAACAUAUAUACAGUACGUACCCUAGAUCAUCUGAAAUUGGAAAUAGAUCAGAGAUCAUCAUGUCAUUCCCAAUUUCAGCAGUUCCUUCUUCAACCCAAAUUGAAGCCUCUGGAAAAUUAGUGGGUCGUAACUUGGCGCAUUUUAGUCCCAGCGUAUGGGGUUCUCAUUUCCUAUCUUAUGCUUCUGAUUCCAACGUACUGGACGCAGAUGAUGAUCAUAAAAUCAUGCAACAAGUUCAAGAAUUGAAGGACGAGGUGAAGAGGAUGCUAAUUAUAGCUCCCGGUAGUACCGAUCAAACGCUUUCAGAAAAGCUGGAUUUGAUUGAUGCAAUUCAGCACUUAGGUGUUUCAUACCAUUUUGAAAGUGAGAUCGACGAAAUACUGCAAAAAGCGCACAAUAUCAACCCUCCUUGUUUUAAUAACAGCAAUAUUAUGGAUCAUGCUGCAGAUGACCCGCUUAAACUUUACACCAUUUCUCUUUGGUUUCGAUUGCUUAGACAACAAGGUUAUGACGUUUCAUGCGACAUUCUUAAUGAGUUCAAAGAUGACAAAGGUAGCUUUAAGGCAUCCUUAAUUUCUGAUGUGAAGGGCAUGCUGAGUUUAUACGAGGCUGCCCAUCUUGGCAUAAAUGGAGAAGACAUUCUAGACGAAGCCCUUGCUUUCACUACCACUCAUCUUGAGUUAGCUGUGAAUCAUAUGAGACCCCAACUGGCAAAGAAAGUAAAGCAUGCUCUGAACCGGCCCAUCCGCAAAGCGUUGCCGAGGUUAGAGGGAUUAUAUUACAUCUCUAUCUACAAAGAAGAAGAUUCAUACAGCGAAACUCUGCUCAAGUUUGCCAAGUUAGAUUUUAAUGUAUUGCAAUCACAACAUCAGAAGGAAAUAGGCGGUAUUACAAGGUGGUGGAAAAAUUUGGACUUCACUACAAAGCUGCCUUAUGCUAGGGAUCGAAUUGUAGAGGACUAUUUUUGGGUAAUGGGUGUGUUCUUUGAACCCCAAUAUUCUCUUGCAAGAAGGAUUAUGACCAAAGUAGCAGGCAUGAUAUCGAUUAUAGAUGAUACCUACGACGCCUAUGGUUCAUAUGCAGAACUCAAGCUCUUUACUGAAGCAAUUGAAAGAUGGGACGUUAGCGCCAUAGAUAUACUUCCCGAGUAUAUGAAACUAAUUUACAAGGCACUGCUAGAUGUUUACGAUGAAAUUGAAGCAGAGACUGCGAAAGACGGUAGACCAUUCUGUGUGCAUUAUGCGAAGGAAUCAAUGAAAAAACUAAUCCAAGCUUACCUUAUCGAAGCCAAGUGGUGCAACGAAGGCUAUGUUCCAUUAACAAUGGAGGAAUACAUGUCUAAUGCCACGGUGACGUCAACAUAUCAAAUGCUAGCCACAACUUCCUUUCUUGGCAUGGGAAAUAUUGCAGACGAAGAGGUCUUUAAAUGGGUAUUCAAUGACCCUAAAAUUCUGAGAGCUUCAACAAUCAUUUGCAGACUCAUGGAUGACAUUAGGUCCCAUAAGUUUGAGCGAAGAAGAGCACAUGCUGUGUCAGCGGUUGAAUGCUACAUGAAGCAGUACGGUGUUUCGGCAGAGGAAGAGGUAUACAAAUUGUUCGGGAAAGAAAUUGUAAAUGCAUGGAAAGAUAUGAAUGAAGAGUUACUCAUGAACCCGAGUACUGCAGAUCAUGUCCCGAUGCCCAUCCUUGAACGUGUUCUGAAUCUUGCUCGUGUAAUGGAUUUGCUAUACAAGGACGACGAUGCGUAUACUAAUUCUUAUUUGAUGAAAGAUUAUAUUGCAUCCUUGCUCGUAAAUCCUCUUGUUCUACAGUGAUCGAUGCACACAUAUAUAUACUAGUAGGCCGGUUACCAUACAUCUUGCAUGCUACGUACGUGUUCCCUUCAAAUAAAGGUAUUUUCAAUUGCCCGUCUGCAAUACAUGCACCCGUAAGUGUUUGUGCUUGUUGUCUUAAUGUAUUUAUCAAUACAUGGAAUAAGGUGAGAACUGGUAAUUGAUGAAGCAAGAUCAACAACAUGUAUGCAAAGAUAUUAAUGAAUCGAUAUCAUGCAUGGAGCAGUACAUGACUUUUGAGUCCUUGG